AUGAUCCGGUACGAGAAACAACGGCAACUGGACGCAAUUCUCGCCAGGCAGCCACCAAACGUCCAGCAACAAUACAGCCAAGCAGUACAACGUGAGCAAGCCGAUGAGCAGCGCGAAAGCCAGCUCCGGCAACAGCAAUUGCAACAACGGGGUUUCGGCGACUUAGCUGCACAACUACAUGCAAUCGACAAUGAUAUGAACAUUUCUGAUGCCGAAGCCAAAAUGAGAAAGCAGCAGCUAAAACGUCAAUACUACUAUUCGACCAGCAAUGGCGGACUGGACUACGAUGAUGAUAUGUCUUCCGAUAGAGCAAAAUAA